AUGGAGAAGCAAAAUUGGCGUUGUAUAAUAUCAGUUCACCUUCUCAUACUGCAUAUUGCAAUUGCAUCCUCUUUUUCGGUGCAUCAUUUCUGCCACUAUGAUGAAGCUCUUGCAUUACUUCAGUUUAAGGAGCAAUUCAAGAUUAGCGCAUCCAAUGAAUUUUCUUCCGACUGUAGUUACUUUGGUCAGCAUCCUUAUCCAAAGAUCACAUCUUGGAACGAGAGUACAGAUUGCUGCACCUGGGAUGGAGUCACAUGCCAUGAGAUCACUGGUCAUAUAAUUCAAUUGGACCUCAGCUGCAGCCAAAUUGAAGGAGUCAUCAGUCCUAAUAGUAGCCUCUUCGGCCUUUCUCAACUCCAGAAACUAAACUUGGCAUACAAUGAUUUCCAGCAAUCGCGAAUUUCGCGCCAGUUCAGUGGAUUAACACACCUGACACACCUCAACCUCUCAACUUCAAAUUUCAACGGCCAAAUUGCAUCAGAAAUAUCUCACUUGUCAAAGUUAGUUUUGCUUGAUUUCUCUCUACAUCCCCCAAGCUCCGCAAUUUUAAGACUUCAAAAACAUGAUUUUCAAAUGCUUCUACGAAAUUUAACCAAGAUAAGUGUGCUUUGUCUGUCUGCUGUACACAUAGCAUCUGAGGUUCCAUUAAAUUUUUCUUCAUCCUUAACAUAUCUAGAUCUUAGCAGUACAGGAAUGCAUGGUAAGCUCCCAGAUCAUGUUUUUGAGAUACCGAACAUGCAGGCUCUUGUGUUAGGUAGCAAUGAGAACCUCACCGGUAUUUUACCUAAGUUCAACUCCAGCAUAUCUUCUUUGGAAGUCUUGGAUCUCAGUUUUACCAACUUGUUUGGUGAACUUCCUGUUUCAAUCGGCAGCUUGAAAUCCUUAAACUCCUUGAUAUUAUUUGGCUGUCAAUUCUCUGGUUCUUUACCCGAAUCCAUUGGCAACCUUUCAAAACUCACUGACUUGAUACUGGGUUCCAACAAAUUUGUGGGACAAAUCCCAAGGAGUAUUUCAAAUUUUGUGUCGUUGAAGACAUUAGACCUUUCAGGCAAUGGAUUUCAAGGUCCAAUUCCAGAUUCUUUCAACAAUCUCCAAAAACUAACCUCUCUAUCACUUUCUUAUAACAGUCUAGUUGGUCCAUUGCCACCUUCAGUUGUCAACCUUACAGCGCUGGUAGACGUAGACAUCAGAUUUACUUUGCUAUCUGGUCCACUUCCUGCGAAUGCAUCUGGGCUCCAAGAACUCAUAAGUUUACAGAUAACCCAUAAUUUGCUCAAUGGCACACUUCCACCAUGGUUGUUUCACCUUCCAGCAGUGAUUUUCUUAGAUCUUGCGUUUAAUCAUUUCACUGGACAAUUGCCAGAUUUCACAGGAAAUUCUUCAUUGACUUUUGUCUUUUUGGAUCAUAAUAAAUUACAAGGUUCAAUUCCCAAGUCAAUAUCUACACUUAGGAACCUAAUAUGGCUUGACCUUUCAUCAAACAAUUUAAGUGGCAUUGUUGAUUUGAUUAUGUUCUUGAAUAUGAAAAACCUUGUUUACCUUUAUCUUUCCUCCAAUAGAUUAGUAUGUAGGAUCGACAAAGAUGUCUCACUUCUUAACCUUGGACAGUUGGGAUUAUCAUCUUGUGGGUUAAAAGAAUUUCCAGGUUUCAUUCAAAACUCAAAGAGUUUGUCAUAUUUAGACCUCUCCAGCAACAACAUUCGUCAAAUUCCCAGUUGGUUGACUUCCAUGGCUUGGGAUUCACUAACUUACCUAAAUCUGUCUUAUAAUGCUAUAUCUACUCCUUUCAUACCACCUUGGAAGAGUAUUACUGUAUUGGAUGUUCGAUCAAAUCAGCUUCAAGGUCCGCUGCCAAUUUCAAUAUGCAAUUUAGAAGUCCUCUUCUUUCUUGACAUGUCUGAAAACAAAUUCAGCGGUGAAAUUCCACGUUGUUUCGGAAACUUCAGUAGCGGACUGGCUGUGCUCAAUCUGAAAAAUAAUCGCCUUCAAGGAAGCAUUGGUAUGAUCUUUGCACCGAAAAAUGGUUUGAGAUAUCUUGGAUUGCAGGGCAACCUUUUUGAAGGGCAGUUGCCAAGAUCUUUGGUGAAGUGUGAAAAACUGGAAGUCUUUGAUGUAGGGAAUAACAGAAUAAAUGACACAUUCCCUACGUGGGUGGAAAAUCUCAAGGAGCUCAAAGUUUUGGUUCUGAAAUCGAAUCGAUUCUUUGGAACCAUAGACAAUAAUUUCAAAACAAAAAGCCCAUUCAAGAAGUUGCAAAUUAUGGAUCUAUCCAACAACGAGUUCACCGGUGUUGUACCUAUCAGGCUUCUAACAAGCUUGAGAGCAAUGAUGAAUUCAGACAGAACUGAAUCAAGGGCAAUGUACCUGGACGCUGGCUAUAUCUUUUAUGACAAUGAUUACAGAUAUUCGUUAAGCAUAUCUGUGAAAGGGCUAUCAAUGGAAUUGCCCCAAAUCAUAACAACUCUCACAGCCAUUGAUUUAUCAAGCAACAGAUUCAGUGGAGAGAUUGACGACGUCAUCGGUGACCUGGUCGACCUCAAAGUUCUGAACUUAUCCAAUAACAGAUUCUCUGGCCAUAUUCCCUCCUCCUUUGGGAAUUUGAGCUCCGUUGAAUCAUUGGACAUCUCUUGCAAUCAAAUUGAUGGAGAGAUCCCACAGCAACUUACAAUGAUGACCUCGCUUGAAUUCUUAAACCUCUCACAGAAUCAUCUUGUGGGACGCAUUCCUCAAGGUAACCAAUUCAAUACAUUUUCCAAUGAUUCAUACAAGGGGAACGUGGGACUGUGUGGACUCCCACUAACAAAGAAGUGCAGCGAAUCUGAUUUUGAGGUGCCACCACCACGUCCUAUAGAUCAAGAAGAAGAGCAAUCAGAUUUCUUCAGUGGAUUUACAUGGAAACCGGUGAUUAUAGGAUAUGGUUUUGGAGUUGUCCUUGGACUCGCUUUGGGAUGGCUAAUGUUUGCAACAGGAAAGCCACAAUGGGUGGUAAAGUUUGUUGAAGACGCGAGGUAUCAACGGAGAAAACAGAAAACUCGUUAAAGAUCCAAUCCAACUACAGUAAUGGAGCAAAGCCUUUCUGUAUGUGCGUAUCAGGAAUGGCUCAGGAUAAAGGAGAAUUGGAGCUAGCUUGCUGUUGAAUGGGGCAUAGAGUUUUAAGUGUGUUGGUAGU